AUGCAUUUCGUACAAUUAAUUUUCGUUUAUAUUGUACUUUGUCUAUCCGAUUUAUCAGCUAAAACCAAUGAUUUUAAUCCAUACGAAGUUCUUGGUUUAUCACGCACAGCAUCAGAUAAAGACAUUCGACAAGCGUAUAAAAAACUAGCAAAACAUUGGCAUCCCGACAAAAAUUCUGAACCGAAUGCACACGAACAAUUUACAAAAAUCAAUGCAGCUUAUGAAAUUCUAUCGGAUUCGACAAAACGACAAAAUUAUGAUGAGUAUGGCACGACAUCACAAGAUAAUCAUCGUGGUUUUAAUACGAAUCAUUUUCGUGAUCCGUAUGAUAUAUUUCGAGCACAUUUUAGUGGUGAUUUUAAUUUUUUUCAUGAAUCACCAACUGGUGCAAAAAAAUUCAUUCAUACUCGUGAAUUUCUGAGUAAUAUUUUACCAAAUAGUGAUAAAAAACCGUAUGUGCUUUUCGGUAGUACAAAUUUUUGUUCUACGUGUCGUCAACCAUUAGGAAUAUUUCGUGCGUUGGAAAAACAAUUUAAUGAUGUUGGUAUUGGUACUGCAGAAUUCAAUGCUCAUGAUCAACGUUUAAGUAAUGAAUUAGGCAUAUCAAGCGCUCCGUCAUUGUGUGUUAUUAGUCAACGUCGUGUUUAUCAUUUUAAUGAUCAUGGAAAAAUAACUGAAUAUACAGAAUCAAAUGUAAAAGAAUUCGUACGAAAAUCAAUACCAAUCAAACGAUUUAUCAAAAUAUUACAAACUCCAGAUGAUAUACUCUCGUUAAUAUCAUCAUAUAAUAAAACAAAUCGUGUUUAUGCAAUUCUAAUCACUAAACAAAAAGCACCCACGCUAAAAUUUGUGAUACCUUGUUUACAACAGUUAACACGAAUACAAUGUGCUUUAUUAAAUUCAUCUGUGAUGAUGACUAGUCAAUUGCCAUCUUUUCUUAAGCCAAUAUCUACUUUGUCCGAUACAGUUUUAUUCUUUAAAGAAGAUAAAAAUCCAAUAGCAGUUAUUAGAGAUAAUGAUUUAACUUUUGAGAACGUUCAAAAAUUAUUCGAAUCAAAUCAACUUUUACAUCUACCGACAAUUACAAGCUCAAAUGUAUUCAAUUUAGUGUGUCAAACAAAUUCGGCAAAGCCUUGCUUUUUAAUCAUUGGCGAUCCAAAUCUUUUCGAACAAUAUCGAUCAUCAUUUGUAUAUCUUGCUAAACAAUUAUUUGAACAACAUGGACUACGUAUGGCCUAUCUUGAUUCUUCUGCAACACAACAAAUUAGUUUUAGUAAAAUUUUCUCUCCGAUUUAUCCUCCAAAUGAUAAAAGACUACUUAUCGUUGUCAUUCGUCGAUGGUUCGACGACACUGUUGAAUUAGUUAAUACCGAAAUUGAAUUUGAUGGCAAAUCUUUAAAUGAAUUCAAACGUAAUAAUUUCAAUAUGGCAGCUGAUAUUGAAGCUAAUUUGAAAUUAUAUUUAACUAUUCGUUGGCAGAAUAUUAAAAAAUUUACAUUACCAACCAUCUUUGAUUUUGACGACAGAAAUGAAAAUGUUCUCAUAAUAAUUACUAAUCUAAUUCAAGAUAAAUGGAAUUAUUGGUUUGAAAGAAAUUCAAUUGUUCGAUCUCUAUCAGUCUAUGUUUUUACAUAUCAAUUCCUGUUAUUUUUUCUUUCGAUACUUAUUUAUUUCUUCUAUGCAAAAACAAAUUCGAGUAGUAAUGUACAAAAUGAUCUAAAACAACCGAGAAGAUCAUAUUUUUCAUCUUCAGCAGCAGCAACAACAACAAUGAAUAGAAGACCGAGUGAAAUUUAUCGAGAAUCCACAAAAGCAACUAAAUUAAACGAAUUCGAUGAAUCAUUUCUUCAAAUUUAUACCGAUCCAAAUGCAUCAAAUGCAAUCAUAAUACUUCUUAUUGCUGAAACACCCAACGAUUCAUGCGUGGAAUAUUUUCAUAGGCAAAUUAGAUUAAUUAGCGAUUCUCGCAUGAACUUUGCUGUUCUUUAUCAUAAUUAUUCACCACGAUGGCUUAAUGAACUUAAAGCAAAUAUAGAAGAUGAUCAAAAUCAUCAGUUAGGUCAAUUUAUUACAUCAACUGUACUUGCUUUGUAUAUACGACGAAAAUUUUUUGUACCGUAUGGACCGAUAUUAAAUAAAAAUGGUCAUGAUGAGCUAUCGGAUGAAACAGGUGCUUUCAUUGGAAUGGAUAAUCAUAAUUAUCGUUCAUCGUCCACGUCAUCAACUGAUUCGACAACAUCAACAACUGGCUCAUUAUCGUUUUCUGACUGGAUUGAUCUUCUUUUUGAUGGAAAUAUCAGAACACAUAUUUCUGUGACAGAGUGGCCGAUGAUAUUUCGUUGA